AUGAACAUCGGAGAUGAUAAAAGUGAAGUUGAUGUAAUUAUAGAUUCAUCAUCAAUAACUUUGAACAACAAUGAAAGCUCAAAUAACAAUACAAAUAUUGGAGAUGUUUUAAAAUUUGAGAGUGGAUUAUAUAAUAGCUUCGAGUGUGAAUUAAUAAACCAAGUAUUUAAUUCAGUUCCAAUAAUGAUGGGAGUGUGUGAUUUAUAUGAUAACUCAAAUUCUGAUUUCCAAAUCCAAGAUUCUCAAAAUUAUGACUUUAAAUUUGUAAUCUCAAAUAGAUGUUCAUAUGAUAAUUUACAUAUGUUUUUAGAUAAAGGUAAAGGAUUAGAUGGACAUUAUUCAGCAAAAGAAUUACAUUUACCAGCAUAUUUUAUAACAUUAUGGAUUGAAAAUAUGUUAAGAUCAUUAAGAAAAAAGAAAUCUGUUAAAUUUAUGUAUCCUAGAUAUGUUGAUAAUGGUGAAACUCCAUCAUCUGAUGAUUUUUAUUCACAAAAAAUAGUUUGGAAAAAAUCGACAAUGUGUUUUAUGGGUCAAGUUUUAGUUCCACUUGAUGAUAUUAAUAGUAAUAGUAAUAAUAAUAGUAAUCAAAAACAAACAGCAUGUAGAUUCUUUUUUACAUCUGAAGAAGUUACAAAAGAGAAAUUUAAAAAAGAGGAAUUAAUAAAUGAUUUUAAAAGUAGAUUGGAAACAUUGGAGAAUAAAAUUGAUCAACGUGUUGAUGAACGUAUUGAAACUAGAUUUAAAUAUGUAUUGGAAUCAAUUCCUCAAAUGGUUUGGGUAACUGAUAAUCAUGGUAAAAUUGAAUUUGUAAAUAGACAAUGGAAAGAUUAUUUAGGUAUUGAUCAUUCUGGUCAAUAUUUAAAUUGGGGUAGUAUUUCUUACCAACAACAUAAUAAUAAUAAUAAUAAUAAUAAUAAUAAUAAUAAUAAUAAUAAUAAUAAUAAUAAUAAUAAUAGUAAUAAUAAAUCACCAAUUAUAAAUUCACCAAAUACAACAUCACCAACAAAUACCCAAAUUGAUUUUGAUUCGCAAUGGCAUUAUUCAUUAAAAGAAAUGAAAAGAUUUGAAAUGGAAAUAUUAUUACAAAGUAUGUCAGGUGAAUAUAGGUGGUUUUUAGUUAGAGCCGAACCAUAUAUUGAACCAAAUUUAGGUCAUCCAUCGUCACCAUUACCUUCGAUUAUAAGUGCAUGUGUUGAUAAUUGUGAUAUAAUGACUGAUGAUAAUAGUAGUGGUAUUUUAAUCAAUAAUAAUAAUAAUAUUCAACAACCUUAUUUAAAUAAUGAUAAUAUAUCAGGUGAUAAUGUAAAUAAUACACCAACAUGUAUUGAUAACAAUAAUAAUAAUAUUGAUGGUAGUAAUAAUAGUGUAAAUUCAACAGGAACCGAACAAUUGGAUAUUAAAUGGAUUGGUACAUGUACAGAUGUAAAUGACCAAAAGACAGCACAAGAUAGAAUUGAGAAUGCGGAGAAAUCAAAAGCAUUGUUUUUACAAACAAUGUCACAUGAAAUGAGGACACCAUUAGCAGGUAUUAUGGGUAUUAAUUCAUGGUUAAGUACAUCAUCACCACAAUUGACUAGUGAACAAUUGGAUGGUUGCCAUACUAUUGAUAUGUGUGCCGAAGCAUUGUUAGUAUUAAUUAAUAAUAUAUUGGAUCUAAGUAAAUUGGAAGAGAAUAAAAUCAUCCUAGAGGAAACUGAAUUUUAUCCAACUAAAAUCGUUGAAGAUUCAGUUGACAUUUUAUCAUCACAAGCUGAACAAAAGAAAUUGGAUAUAAUAUUCCAAUUGAAAUAUAAUUGUUUAUCUAAAGUAGUUGGUGACUUUUAUAGAAUUAGACAAGUUUUAACAAAUUUAAUUUCAAAUUCUGUUAAAUUUACACCAGCAAAUGGUCAAAUUAUAGUUGGUUGUGAAAUUUAUCAUGAAACAACACCAUCAACUAGAAAACGUUCUUCAUUGGAUAGUAUUGAAAUUACAAUACCUUGUAAUCAUAAUAAUAGUAAUAAUAGUAAUAAUAAUCAUAAUCAUAAUAAUAAUAAUAAUAAUAAUAAUCAUCUUAAUUGCAGUGGUAGUUUUAAUAAUAAUGGUUUUAAUCAUGGACAUCAUCAUCAUCAUCACCACCACCAUCAUCACCACCAUCAUCAUGAUAAACAUUGUGAUCAAAAAAUAAUUGUACCUGGCAAAUAUGGUAAAUUAUUAUUUUGGGUAAUUGAUAAUGGUAUUGGUAUACCGGAAGAAGGUAGAGAGAAAUUGUUUCAAACAUUUUCCCAAUAUGAUGCAUCAACCACUCGAAAAUAUGGUGGUAGUGGUUUGGGUUUAGCAAUUUCAAAAAGAUUAACUCAAUUACUUGGUGGUGAUAUUUGGUUUGAAUCUCAAAAAGGUAAAGGUUCAUCUUUCCAUUUCUUAGUUGAAGUUUUCUUUCCAGAUUAUCCAACUAUUUAUAAUCAACAAUUACAACAACAGCAACAACAACCAAAUCUUCCUCAUCAAUUUAAUAUUGGUACAUCAGCACCACAACCUAUAGACAGUAUAUUAACAUCAUAUAGUUCAAACAAUAGUAAUAAUAAUAUUAAUAAUAAUAAUAUUACCACUUCUGUAAUUUCACAAUCACCCAUAGUCGAUAAAUCAAAUCUUUGUACAUAUAUAUUUUUACUAUCAACUAAUCAAGUAUUAGUAAAUUCUUUAUCACAAUGGAUAAAUGAAUGGAUUGGAAAUGCUACCAAUAAUAAUAAUAGUAAUAAUGAUAACAAUAAUAAUAACACAACUUCUACAACUACCACAACUACAACUACAACAGCAACAAUUAAUACAAAUAUUAAUCAACAAGUUAAAAUAUUAUAUGAUAUUGAUUCAAUUGAACAAAUUUCAAAUAGUGCAAUACAAAGUGGAAAAAGAUUAGAUUUCCUUUUCCUUAUUGAGGAUACAUUUUGGAAUAAUUAUUCUGAUAAAAUUUCAAAUUCUCAAGAAAUAAUUGAAUCUUUAAUUAAUCAAAAUUAUCAACAACAACAACAACAACAACAAGAACAAAGACAACAACAUAAUAUUAAAAAUGUUAUUUUAAGUUUUUCAAAUUCAGCACAAAUCUAUGGAAAUUCAAUUAUUUUGAAAAAACCUAUAAAGUAUUCCCCAUUAAAAGAUUGUAUCUAUACGAAUUUAUUAUACUUUAAAUCAAUUUAUAGUGUUAAUUCAUUCGAUGUAAUAAUUGCUACUCAAAUGUCUUCUUCAGUUUCACCUUCUUCUUUAUCAUCCUCUCCUUCAAUCCAAGGUUUAACAAAUUCAUCUUUAAGUAUUAAUAAUAUUAAUAUUAGUGGUAAUAAUAGUAACAACAAUAUCAAUAAUAAUAAUAAUAAUAGUGGUAGUUCAACACCUAAAAAACUUAAAAAAUCAAACUCUGAUCAGUCAAUACAUUUCUCUCCAAGUUUAACUUCUUCAUCAUUACCAAGUCUAGAUUUAAACAACAAUAACAAUAUUAAUAAUAAUAAUAAUAUUAAUAAUAACAAUAAUAUUAAUAAUAAUAAUAACAAUAAUAAUAAUAAUAAUAAUAAUAAUAAUAAUAAUAAUAAUAAUUUAAAUCAUUAUAAUAGUGAUUCAAUAUUAUCAUCAGAUUUAUCACCACAACAACAUCAAUAUCAUCAUCCAAAUCCAUUAUUAGCAAAUUAUCAAAAGAAAAGAAGGAAUUCCGUUGUAAAUGAUACAGAUAUACCAUUGGAAAUGACAGGAAUAAGGUAUCCUUUGAAAAUUAUGGUAGCUGAAGAUAGUUUAGUUAAUCAAAAAGUUGCAUGUAGAUUCCUCACUAAAUUGGGUUACAAAAAAGAAGAGAUCAUUUUCGUUGUAAAUGGUCAACAAGCCAUUGAUCACAUUGAAAAUGUUGAAAUGGUUGAUGUAAUUUUAAUGGAUAUGCAAAUGCCUGAAGUAGACGGGUGCGAGGCUACGACUAGGAUAAGGAUGAGAUAUCCAACUACAGGUCCUCACAUUAUUGGGCUAACAGCAAAUGCUUUCAAUGAAGAUAAAGAUAAAUGUUUAUUGAGUGGAAUGUGUCAUUAUCUUGCAAAGCCAGUAAAAAUGGAUAUUCUAGCGGUUGAGUUAAAACGAGCGUGGUUGAUCAGAAACAAGUUCAGAGUGUGUUUAUGUGCAGUUUUAUAA